AUGUUGAGUUUACAUAAAAUUGAAAAUAUUGCCAAAUUAAUGUUUGAUUAUUCUCUUGGAAUUUUCUGGCUUAUUUUCUUGGUAUGUAUUCCCCUUUUAAAAGAUAUAAUUGUUAAACGGAAAGAUGUUUUUACCGUAAAAGACAGAAGUAGUUACGAGUCAAGAUUAUAUACUGAAUGUUCUGAUUUUGUAAAUCACCAAACACUAAAACUCGAAGGGAAAACUUUCCACUAUGUUGAGGUUGGGGAUGUAUCUAAGCCCUUAAUUUUAUUUUUGCAUGGAUUUCCUCAGUUUUGGUACGCAUGGAGACAUCAACUUCGAGGACUUCAAGAUAUGGAUUAUCAUUUAGUGGCUAUAGACAUGAGGGGUGCGGGAGGGAGUUAUAAACCAUGUGAGGUGCGUCAUUAUAAGGCGAGUUUAUUAUUAACGGACAUACGUGAAAUUAUACAAAAAUUGUCUUCUAAUGGACGUGCAGCAUGUAUAAUUGGACAUGACUGGGGUUCUUUAAUUGCAUGGCAGGCUGCAGCGCAAAGUUGGGAAUGGGAUCAAUAUCAGGAUCAAUCCGGAUAUGUUGACAGAUUAAUAAUACUAAAUGGCCCACAUAUGGCUAUAUUUUACCAAAAUUUUCAUUCUCGAUUAAUCGAUUUCAUCCAUUAUCGCAACUUAAAAUCUUUAAUAAGAAAUCCCAUGUCUACAUUUGCCCUUUCUUGGCAAAAAUUUCGACCGUGUAUAAAUCAGCUCCUUGGAAUAUAUUAUACAUAUAUAUUUGGUUUAUCAAGACCUAUAGGAGAAACUUGGCUUUUAUUAAGAGACCUUGAAAUCUACGAUGAAAUAUUCCGAACAAUUCCAAAAGAGACGAUGAGUGAAGAAGACAUUAACAUUUAUAAAGCAAUUUCUUGUGCAGAUAAUCAUGCUAGUCUUACAGGCGGACUAAAUUAUUAUAGAGGUGACGCUAUAAAUGGAUUUUUCAAAGAACAAGAAAGACGCGGAAUUAAACAACCUGGUUUCAUUGGAAUUCCUACUUUAGUCAUAUGGGGAGACAAAGAUCCAACGAUGCAUAAAGAUCUAAGUUUAUCUAAUUUGGGAAAAUUAGUGUCAAAUCUGAAAAUUGUAAACUUUCCUGAAGCUAACCAUUUUAUCCAAGAAGAAUGUCCUGAUAAAGUUAAUGAUUUAAUUAGAAAGUUUAUAACUAGUCAAGGAAAUUUUCAGGACCUUGAUGAAAACAUAGAGUCAUAA